CAUAAUCACAUCUUGCCCAGCCGCAUCGUCAUCGUCGUCCGGGUUCUUGCUGAAAGGCAACUCCAACCCAUCUCUCCUCACUCCACUGCCAACAUGGACGGCCCGCCGCUUGCGUCGCUCUCCUUGACCCAUGUUCAUUAUAACCCCGCCGAUCGCUUCUCGUAUCUGUGUGCAUGGCUAGCCCUCGUCCCCCAGGGCCUUUGCGUCAUAUACGCAACUCUGAUAUGGUCCAACCGCGAGAUUGAGAUUAUGCUCAUGUUUGCGGGCCAAAUGGCUUGUGAAGCGUUGAAUUGGUGUUUGAAGCGGUACAUCAAGGAGGAGCGGCCACGCGAAAUGCACGGCAAAGGCUACGGCAUGCCUUCCUCGCACGCCCAAUUCGUGUCCUUUUUCUCCCUAACACUCGCCCUUUUUCUCCUCUUCCGCCACGUGCCACACCCCACCGAAACGCACACCCCUUUCAGCUUCGUCCAGCGCUUUUUCCUAUCCAUCGCUGCGCUCGUCUCCGCUGCCGCUGUGGCCUUCAGCAGAAUCUAUCUCAGCUACCACACCCCGAAACAGGUCCUCGUCGGCUGUGUCGCCGGCGCCGUCUUUGCACUCCUCUGGUUCGGCUUCACGACCUACCUUCGGAGAGCUGGAUGGGUAGAGUGGGGGCUCGAGACAUGGCUGGCACGUGUUUUCAGAGUGAGAGAUCUGGUUGUACAGGAAGACCUUGUCGAUUCGGGGUGGGCUAGGUGGGUGGAAAGAAGGAGGGGAGCCCGAGACUUCCGGACGCAAAGCAGCAAGAAAUCAAGAUGA